CUCACGUCUGGCAUCAGACAGUAGUUGUUGAGUGCGCUUACUAUUGUGGUGGAUCUCGUCGGCAGCAUGUCGGAUAGAGGGUUUUACGGACAUCCGUGUGGACGUGGAGCACCUGGUGGUCGGGGAGACCGAGGUGGAUCAGACAGGCCUUAUGGAAAUGGGUCACGCGUCAACAUUUCAGGACCGUUAAAGAAGCCUGCUGAAAGAGGUCAUUCAGCUUCGUGUGGUUCUGCAUGGAGUUCCAAUGCACCUUGUGAACGGGGUGAUAUUCCGUCGUCUUCGGAGGGCGAAAUUGCCUCGGAAGCUGCUCGCCAGAAAAAGAGCCAUCCAGUUCAAGAAGCUAUAUUUGACAUGUCUACGGGGAUUUCGAAACUAAACAUACAGAA